CCCCUUGGAAAGCCGCCACACUGUAGAAUUGAUAUAACUUGACGCCACUUUUGACUUCCAUUGCUCACCGCGGUGGUAUGAUAGGAGUUUGUAGUUUGACUAUCUCUUAUUAAUGACUUAGAUGAAGGAUUAGAAGGCAUGAUCAUCAAUGUGUUGUGGAAGGCUUUCAUGGCCCGAAUCACUGAGUUGCUGUGAGUUUUCCGGUCUGUAUGGCCAUGUUCCAGAAGCAUUAUCUCCUGACAUUUCGCGCCCAUCUAUGCAGACAUUCGUUUUUACAAUGGGAACUCUAAGAAUACUUAUUGGACUAUGGAUGAGCUUCUCCUUUGUGAAAGCAGAUUCAAAAGCAGUUACCUCAUCCUUGACUACCAAAUGGUUCUCAACACCAUUAUUGCUUGAAGCAAGUGAAUUUUUAGCAGAGGAAAGUCAAGAGAAAUUCUGGAGCUUUGUUGAGACCUGUCAAGACUUUGGAUCAUCUAAUCAUGAUACUGAUUAUUCCUCUUACAAUGCGAUACUGCAAGCAGCUUCUCAGCAUCUUUCACCUUUGCAGCAGAAUUUGUUGAAAUUUGCCUUGUCCUUACGUUCUUAUUCAGCAACAGUUCAAGCCUUUCAGCAGAUAGCAGCUGAUGAGCCCCCACCAGAGAGAUGUAAUUCAUUCUUUGUUGUCCAUGGAGAGAAGACUUGUGAAUCUGAUAAACUUGGAGUUCUUCUACAGACAGCUUCAGAAAGGCCAAAACCUUUUAUGUUUAAAGGAGACCACAAGUACCCAGUAUCAAACCCAGAAAGUCCUGUUGUUAUAAUGUAUGCUGAAAUUGGUUCUGGAGAGUUUUCUACAUUCCAUAAACUUCUCAUAUCAAAAGCCAAUGCAGGAGAUAUCACCUAUAUCCUUAGGCAUUAUAUCGCUAAUCCAAGGAAAGAAAAAGUCUACCUUUCAGGCUAUGGAGUGGAGCUUGCCAUUAAAAGUACAGAGUAUAAGGCCAAGGAUGAUACCCAGGUGAAAGGUACAGACACAAACGCAACCGUAAUAGGCGAAAAUGAUCCUAUUGAUGAAGUGCAAGGAUUUCUGUUUGGAAGAUUAAGACAAUUACAUCCCACUUUGAAAGAAGAACUGAAAGAAUUAAGAAAACAUCUCAUUGAAAGCACCAAUGAAAUGGCACCCUUAAAAGUGUGGCAAUUGCAAGAUCUAAGUUUUCAGACUGCUGCCCGCAUUCUUGCUGCUCCCACUGUGGAUGCUCUGAUGGUCAUGAAAGAUCUAAGUCAGAAUUUUCCCACAAAAGCUAGGGCAAUGACGAAGACUGUUGUUUCUCCAGAACUCAGAUCAGAAAUUGAAGAGAACCAAAAGUACUUCAAAGGAAAUCUAGGAUUACAGUUGGGGGAUUCAGCUCUGUUUGUUAAUGGGCUGCAUAUAGAUCUGGACACACAAGAUAUAUUCAGCUUGUUUGAUGUCCUAAGAAAUGAAGCUCGCGUUAUGGAAGGGCUGCACAGUUUAGGAAUUAUGGGUCUUUCCAUGCACAAUGUGUUAAAGCUAAAUAUCCAGCCAUCAGAUUCUGACUAUGCUGUCGAUAUCAGAAGUACUGCAAUUUCAUGGAUCAAUAAUCUUGAAAUUGACAGCAGGUACAAUUCCUGGCCUUCCAGUGUUCAAGAGCUGCUACGUCCUACUUUUCCUGGAGUAAUCAGACAAAUAAGGAAAAAUUUCCAUAAUCUUGUAUUCAUAGUAGACCCAUCCCAUGAGAGCACAACUGAAUUACUGAGUGUGGCUGAAAUGUUCCUUAGUAACCACAUACCACUGAGGAUUGGUUUAGUCUUUGUUGUAAAUGAAUCUGACGAUGUUGAUGGCUUACAAGAUGCUGGGGUUGCUCUCCUUCGGGCCUACAAUUAUGUUGCACAGGAAGUAGAUAAUAACGUUGCCUUCCAGACGGUUAUAUCUAUCUAUAACAAAGUAACUGCAGGAGAGAAACUGACAGUGGAACACGUGGUUAGUGUUCUUGGGAAGCAAUAUCCUUAUGUUGAAGUUAAUAGUAUCUUAGGCAUUGAUUCUGCCUAUGAUCUAAACAGGAAGGAAGGACGUGGUUACUAUGAGCAGACAGGUGUGGGUCCCCUCCCAAUAGUGCUUUUUAAUGGGAUGCCCUUUCAAAAAGAUCAACUUGACCCUGAUGAAUUAGAAACUGUGACAAUGCAUAAAAUACUAGAAACCACAAGCAUUUUCCAAAGAGCUGUGUAUUUGGGUGAACUGUCAAAUGAUCAAGAUGUGGUUGACUAUAUAAUGAACCAGCCAAAUGUUGUUCCAAGAAUCAACUCUCGGAUCCUGAUGUCCGAGAGAGAGUACCUAGAUUUGACUGCAACAAAUAAUUUCUAUGUGGAUGACUAUGCUAGAUUUACAUUCUUGGAUUCCAAAGACAAGACAGCUGCAGUUGCCAACAGCAUGACAUACUUGAUCAAGAAAGGAAUGUCCUCCAAGGAGAUUUAUGAUGAUUCUUUUAUAAGGCCAGUAACCUUUUGGAUUGUUGGAGAUUUUGACAGACCUUCUGGAAGACAGCUGUUAUAUGAUGCUAUCAAACACCAGAAAUCCAGUAACUAUGUCCGGAUCGGAAUGAUUAACAAUCCUAGUGAAGACCCAGACAGUGAGAACACGGUUAUUGCCAGGGCCAUCUGGGCAGCCUUACAGACACAAACAUCUAACAAUGCCAAAAACUUUAUCACAAAGCUGGCUAAAGAGGAGAAUGCAAAAGCACUGGAAGCUGGAACUGAUGUCACAGAAUUUGCUGUUGGGGGCAUGGAUAUCAAUACCUUUAAAGCUGCUUUUGAAUCUUCUAAAGUUGAUUUUAUCUUGUCACAUACUAUAUACUCCAGAGAUGUUCUUAAACUGUGGAAAGGACAGAGGGCAGUAAUCAGCAACGGAAGGAUUAUUGGUCCUUUGGAAGAUGGUGAGCUUUUCAAUCAGGAUGACUUCCAUUUGCUAGAGAAUAUUAUUUUAAAGACAUCUGGACAGAAAAUAAAGGCUCACAUUCAGCAGCUAGGAGUAGAGGAAGAUCUUGCAAGUGAUCUUGUAAUGAAAGUGGAUGCCCUUCUGUCUGCACAGCCAAAGGGAGAAGCAAGAAUUGAAUACCAUUUUUUUGAAGAUAGACACAGUGCAAUCAAGUUGAGACCAAAGGAAGGAGAGACGUAUUUUGAUGUUGUGGCUAUUGUUGAUCCUGCUACCAGAGAGGCACAAAGAAUUGCUCCACUUCUUAUGGUGUUGAACAAACUGAUUAACAUGAACCUCAGAGUAUUUAUGAACUGUCAAUCCAAGCUCUCUGAGAUGCCUCUGAAAAGUUUUUACCGCUAUGUUUUGGAGCCUGAGAUCACUUUUACAGCAGACAAACAAUUUGCUCCUGGUCCAGUCGCCAAAUUCCUGGAUAUGCCUCAGUCUCCCUUAUUUACUCUGAAUCUAAACACUCCAGAGAGCUGGAUGGUGGAAUCUGUAAGAACAUCAUAUGAUCUGGACAAUAUUUACUUAGAAGAGGUGGAGAGUGUAGUGGCAGCUGAGUAUGAAUUGGAGCACCUCCUUUUGGAGGGUCACUGCUAUGAUAUCACAACCGGGCAGCCCCCUCGAGGUUUGCAGUUCACACUGGGAACAUCGACAAAUCCUGUCAUUGUUGACACUAUUGUUAUGGCUAACUUAGGUUAUUUCCAGUUAAAAGCCAAUCCUGGUUCCUGGUUUUUGAGGCUCAGAAAGGGAAGAUCUGAUGAUAUAUAUAGAAUUUACAGCCAUGAUGGUACAGAUUCUCCUCCAGAUGCCAGUGAUGUUACCGUUGUUAUCAAUAAUUUCAAGAGUAAAAUUAUUAAAGUGAAGGUUCAAAAGAAAUUAGAUAUGAUAAAUGAAGAUUUACUAAGUGAUGGAACUAAUGAAAAUGAGUCUGGAUUUUGGGAAUCUAUUAAAUGGGGGUUUACAGGUGGACAGAAGAAAGAAGAGGUGAAACAGGAUAAGGAUGAUGUAAUCAACAUAUUUUCUGUUGCAUCAGGCCAUCUAUAUGAAAGAUUUCUCCGCAUAAUGAUGCUAUCUGUACUGAAACAUACAGCCACUCCAGUGAAAUUCUGGUUCCUGAAGAAUUACCUGUCACCUUCAUUUAAGGAAUUUAUCCCAUACAUGGCUGAGAAAUACAAUUUCCAAUAUGAGCUUGUCCAGUAUAAAUGGCCACGAUGGCUCCACCAGCAAACAGAGAAGCAGCGCAUGAUCUGGGGUUACAAAAUCCUUUUCCUGGAUGUUCUUUUCCCCCUCGCUGUUGACAAGUUUCUGUUUGUAGAUGCUGACCAAAUCGUUCGCACUGACCUCAAAGAGCUAAGAGAUUUCAACUUGGAUGGGGCGCCUUAUGGUUACACACCAUUCUGUGAAAGUCGCAGGGAGAUGGAUGGCUAUAGAUUCUGGAAGUCAGGAUACUGGGCAAGUCACUUGGCUGGAAGAAAAUAUCACAUCAGUGCCCUCUAUGUGGUGGAUCUGAAAAAAUUCAGGAAGAUAGCUGCUGGAGAUCGGCUCAGGGGACAAUAUCAAGGACUUAGCCAGGAUCCUAACAGUCUCUCGAAUCUUGACCAGGACUUACCCAACAACAUGAUCCAUCAGGUGCCCAUUAAAUCACUUCCCCAAGAGUGGCUUUGGUGUGAAACAUGGUGUGAUGAUGCAUCAAAGAAGAGAGCAAAAACUAUUGAUCUAUGCAAUAACCCAAUGACCAAAGAGCCAAAGCUGCAGGCAGCAAUGAGGAUUGUUCCUGAGUGGCAAGAUUAUGAUCAAGAAAUUAAACAGCUACACAGCCGUUUUCAACAAGAGAAAGAAUCGGGAACACUUUUUACAACAAAUGAAACAAAACAGCAAAGUCAAAAGGCAACAGCACGCACGGAGUUAUGAUCCAUGGUGAUCAAUCAAGUGAGACUAUUUCAUAGACAAUUUUUUCUAUCAAAUGCUAGUUUUUUUCUAGUAUGUUUGCAAAACUGCUGAGACACUGAAAGGGGCAUUGAUAAUAUGUAUUACCUGAGAUUGAAUUUGAUUUUAGCAGAUGGAAUAGGACCUGGAUGAUGAAGAUUAGUAUAUCUGGUGUUCUUUGAACUUGCCAGAAAAUGAAGGCUCCACAGAGGAAUACAGAAAUGGAUGGUCAUGAUGGAAGGAUGUUGAACAGCAGUUUCUUCAUCCAGCCUUUGGCUGAGUCUACAGCAGGAAGUCAAGAUUCUUUGAGUCGCCUCUUCUUUGCUCAGGAGCCUAGAGAAAAGGUACUACUUAGAGGGGAAUAAACACUGAAUAACCACAGGCACUUCCUUGGUUCAGUGUCCUGAGGUAGACCUAACUCUUUCAGGUUUGAACAGGCUUCUCAUGCCUUGAACUGACUGAUAUAGUAGUCACAAGUAUCAAAUUGAUUAUGUUUUCCCAUCCCAUUUAUAUUCUUGAUCCUGGUAGUUCUUGUAUUCAAAAUGAGAGACAUUGUGAAUAUCAUAUUUGAUAACUCUUGUAAAACAAAUGACAAAACAAUCCACCCAACUUUUGAAAUAUACAUUAGCCAAUAAGUGUGUAUUUUAAUGAAGCGGCAAGAUGUGGCAUCUAACAUCCCUUUUCCACUGUAGCAUUUUUCAGCAGUUUUGCCAAAUUACUCUGUUGUAGCAAAAUAACAAAGACUCUUGUGACUUAAAGGUGGCACAAGACUUUUUGUCAUUUUCCCACUGCAGACCCGAGGGAAAAUUUUCCCUCAGCUGUUGAAAACUGCAAAGGUAAUAGGGUAUUUUUGUGACUAUAUUGCUUUUAUGAAUGUAUUUUUGUUAAUGCAAAUCUGUGGAUUCUUCCUGAUUAUCUUAAAUUUCCUGAGUUUGAUUUUCCUCAAACAAAAAAGUGAUGUCAGGUUAAUAAAGCUUUAGAGUUCCUAUA